AUGGGAACGGACGAUCUCAGUAAGGGAGAAAACAUCCUCAAAGGAUUUCAAAUCAAUUGGAUGAUACUGCGUGAUGCGGAUACGGGCAAGAUCAUCUGGCAAGAAAACAAGGAUUUUUCCUGCCCCGACGUGGAGCAUGAAGCGAAAGUUCCGGUAAAAAUACUCAGCUUGCGUGCCGUCUCACGCGAAAUCAACUUCAGUACCGUCGAAGCGAUGGAAAACUUUCGUCUUGAUCAAAAGGUACUGUUUAAAGGGCGCAUCAUGGAGGAAUGGUUUUUCGAGAUGGGAUGGGUCAGUCCCAACACCACCAAUACCUGGCAAUCGACAAUUGAGGCAGCCCCCGAGUCGCAGAUGAUGCCAGCUAAGGUACUAAACGGUAACGUGACCAUCGAAACAAGCUUUUACGAUGGUGAAACGCUAAUCAGUAAAUCGGUUGUUCGAUUAUAUUACAUCUGA